AUGAACUUCGCCUUCGUCACCCUGGAUGUCUUCACUCGCCAGAAGUUCACCGGCAACCAGCUCGCCAUUGUUCUGGUCCCGGUGGCUACUCGUAGUCUUCUGACCGAGGAGCAGAGACAGAAGAUUGCGACAGAGUUCAAUUACUUCGAAACCGUCUUUCUGCACGAAGUAGGUCAAGAUGACGAAGUCGCGGACUACGACAUAUUCACCGUACAUGCAAGAAUCCCCUUCGCUGGCCAUCCUACGAUCGGCGCUGCCAUCUACGUAUCGCACUACGCUCAAGAUCGCUACCCACAGGUCAAGACGCUUCAUGCCCUGGCCAGUCACAUCCCAUUGAGCUACGACGCGGCCAAUAGCAUUGCCUCCGUCGCCAUACCGCACGUCGCGCACGACGUGCGCAUCCAUCGCAAGCGCCUCGUCCAUCCUCUGUCCUCCGCCAACCCCAACGGCGAACCUACUGUUCCCCUAGUCUCCAUCGUGAAAGGCAUCACUUCGUCCUCGUGCAUGUAACAACCCUCGAAGCUCUUGGUUCGUUCACACAAGACGUGUUUCCUGGGGGGGGAGUCCUACAAUCAUACGGACCUCCUAGAUGCCGAUGGCUUCAAUGUUGGCCUGAUCGGCACGUUUUACUAUACUCCGAGAGGCCUCGAUCCCGACGCUCCAACGGGCGCCCAAGUGAGGCUGAUCCGGACGAGGAUGAUUGGCACAGCGGAGGAUCCUGGUACGGGGAGCGCGAGCGCAGCAUUGUGCUGCUAUCUGAGUCUGUUGGAGGGGAGGGAAAAGGGAGUCGGUCCAUUUGAAUAUCAUCUCGUGCAAGGGGUGGAGAUGGGUAGGCGGAGCGAUAUCUUCGUCCAAGUGCAAAGGACAGAGGAUGGUAGCGCGAUCCGAAGCGUG